AGGAGCACUUCAAGAGCUGAAGGUUCUCAUUCUGCGGCAUAAUCGCUUUCAUGGUUUUGUGGGGAGUGAAGAUACAACCAACUUUGAGUUUCCAAUGUUGCGCAUCAUUGACCUCUCUCACAAUAAUUUUUCAGGUCAAUUGCCAACUCAGUACUUUCUAAGUUGGAAAUCAAUGAAGGUAAAGAAUGAAGAUCAAUUAGCAUACAUGCAGGCAAUCAAGUACCUUGGAAUUUUCAACAAUAAUUGGUUGACUUACCAUCAAAUGUUCUCGGUAUCAGUAACGAACAAAGGCGUGGAGCUUCAAUAUUCCAAGAUCUGGGAAACCUUUGUUGCCAUUGAUUUUUCGAGUAACAAAUUUGAUGGAGACAUUCCAAAGGUAAUUGGGAAGCUAAAUGGGCUUCAUUUACUCAACCUUUCUAACAACCAUCUCAGUGGUGUCAUUCCGUCAUCCUUGGGGAAUCUUUCACAGCUUGAAUCAUUGGAUCUUUCUCAAAACCAUCUAUCGGGAGAGAUUCCUCAACAGCUGACGCAACUUAAUUUUCUUGCUUUUUUUAACGUAUCUCAUAAUCAUCUUAUGGGGUAUAUACCCCAAGGGAAGCAAUUUGAUACGUUUCAAAAUGAUUCAUACAUUGGAAACUCAGGCUUGUGUGGGAUUCCUCUGUCAAUAAAAUGUGGAAAUUCGGAGGCUUUGCCACCGUCAUUUUCACAUGAAGGAGAUGAAGACGACAAGGGUAUUGCAUCAGAAUUCGGUUGGAAACAAGUUUUGAUUGGAUAUUGCAGUGGGUUGAUCUUUGGGUUGGUGAUUGGGCACAUCGUCGUCACCCGCAAAUUUGAAUGGUUUUUGAAGACUUUCAGGUUGAGACGACCAAGAAGGUAA